UGCUGAAGCCCGUUCAAUAUGUGAAGCUUGCGCAAUCGCUGCCACCGCAGCUGCAGAGAUUUUUUGCCCGUUACCCACCUCAAGCCAUUCUCCCGCAGGCCAACGCUGUCAACACGACUUCAGAUGCGGCGACAUCAGAAGCUGUGAGCAAGGCUACCUCGAAGAUCGAGGAAACUUUGGAUCAACCUACACACCCAGCAAUUACAGAGGCGACGUCGCCAUUCAGGCCUCACAAGCAUCCAGUUACUGGGAAAUGGCAUGAUCCAGUGUUUUCUCUCAGACGACAAGCGGAUUUGUGCAAACUUGCAAGGCAACAUGGAGUAGAGGAACUUUUACCUCUUUCUGUGAAGAGUACAGAGGAGAAAUUACGCAAGAGGAUGGAGAAUGGACUGAGGGUAAAGGGUACUGGUGUUGGACAGAGAGUCAAGGGAAAGGAAUCCGAGAGAACAUUGAAGUCGAGAUUGGAGAAGAGAAGAAAGGCUAUGUUGGAGAUGCCACAGAUGAUACAGACGUGGAAAGAGAGAGGUCAUGGUCGUGGAUGGAAGAAGUGGCCAAAAUAGAUAUGAUAAUGAAGAUUAUUUGGCGCAAUGUCAGCCUCGUAGCAAGACUACUUGUUGUACAAACACCACAUUGGGAAUGACUGCAUGGGAAUGGGCGUUUCAAAAUAUUGUAGAAUUGUGCAAUUACAUGCCCCCUCUUUCGCAAAUUGAAAAAUACCCAUGAUACACUUUGGGUAGAAAUUCAAGAACUGUAUGUCUACUUAU